CGACAGCAGUUCAUCCUUGUGGCAUCUCUACUUGAUCGUAUACCCAACCUUGCUGGACUAGCACGAACAUGUGAGGUGUUUAAAGCGGCUGGUUUAGCUGUUGCGGAUGCAAAUAUAGUAAAUGACAAGCAGUUCCAACUUAUCAGUGUGACAGCUGACAAGUGGGUUCCCGUUGUGGAAGUCCCAGUAAGUAAUCUGAAAGUUUUCUUACAGAAAAAGAAGAGAGAGGGUUUUUCUAUCUUGGGUUUGGAGCAAACUGCAAACAGUAUACCUCUUGACCAGUAUAUCUUCCCUAAAAAGACGGUCCUGGUUCUGGGCCGUGAGAAGGAGGGUAUACCAGCGGAGAUAAUCCAUAUUCUGGAUGCCUGUAUUGAAAUCCCUCAGUUGGGAGUUGUUAGGUCGCUCAAUGUUCAUGUCAGUGGUGCCAUUGCUCUCUGGGAGUAUACUCGACAGCAGAGAUCCGUAUAGUGCUUCUGUUCUUUCACAAGCCAGACAAAUUGUUGAAAGAAAGAUCCAACUCCACCAGACCAUUCGAGCUCGAGCACAGAGACCCAGCAAGCUGGGAUGGUAUUUCGCCAUAAAAAUCAUUCUUAGACAGAUACAAGAACUUCACAGACCCGACUGGAAGAGCCGGGACUGUGCCAGUGAACUGGUUGCUGGUGAGGUUCAAGAAGGAGAUGCUCUUGCCGGAGGAAAGAGAAAUCACAGUAACCCCCCUCUUUCUCUCUCUCUAUGUGCCUGAGACUAUCCCAAGAACAAGUGGUGUCCGUCUCUCUCUCUCCACUCAAGACACCCACCCUUACCAUACUCCACUCAUUCUCUCUCAGUGGUCUACCUUUUCUUUUUAUUAUUAUUAUUAUUAUUAUAUCAAAUAAUCAAUAC